AACAAGAAGUUAGAAGACAAAAAUUUGGUAAAUGAAUACGAUAAUAAAAAAGAAGAUCGGAAGUACUAUGUUGUCUUGUCGUGCUCUUCCUUCCAGCAGUUACUGUUACACCCAACUUUGACACCAUUUUUAAUAUCAUCACCAUCAUGGAACUAAUCAAAUUCAUUCUUGUUACUAUUUCAACGCUUCUAAUUUCUGCAACCAUCACUGCUGAAUACGUUCGCCCUUUACCUCGAAAUACCUUAAACAUCCAAUGGCCAUGGGAUUCAAAAUCUCACUCUUACCCUCAACAGGUGCACAUUUCUUUGGCCGGAGACAAGCACAUGAGAAUUACAUGGAUAACUGAAGACAAACAUUCAUCUUCAUUUGUAGAAUAUGGAACAUUACCUGGUAGAUAUGAUUCAAUGGCUGAAGGAGAAUGCACCUCUUAUAAUUAUCUGUUAUAUAGCUCAGGAAAGAUACACCAUACUGUAAUUGGACCUUUGGAACAUGACACCGUGUACUUUUACCGAUGUGGUGGACAAGGUCCUGAGUUUCAGCUCAAAACUCCUCCGGCUCAAUAUCCAAUUACUUUUGCAGUGGCAGGGGAUUUGGGUCAAACUGGUUGGACUAAAUCAACAUUAGAUCACAUUGAUCAAUGUAAAUAUGAUGUUUACCUUCUUCCGGGUGACCUUUCAUAUGCUGAUUGUAUGCAACAUCUUUGGGACUCGUUUGGUAGACUAGUGGAGCCACUCGCUAGUGCGAGGCCGUGGAUGGUAACAGAAGGAAAUCAUGAAGAGGAGAAUAUACUAUUUUUGACGGAUGAAUUUGUAUCGUAUAAUUCUAGAUGGAAAAUGCCGUUUGAGGAAAGUGGAUCAACUUCAAAUCUGUAUUAUUCUUUUGAAGUUGCAGGUGUUCAUGUUAUCAUGCUAGGGUCUUAUGCAGAUUAUGAUGAGUCCUCAGAACAAUACACAUGGCUAAUGGCAGAUCUGUCAAAGGUGGACAGGACAAGGACACCUUGGCUGCUUGUGUUAUUUCACGUGCCAUGGUAUAAUAGUAACAGAGCUCAGCAAGGUGCAGGGGAUGAUAUGAUGGCAGUCAUGGAACCAUUGCUUUAUGCUGCUAGUGUUGAUUUAGUUAUUGCUGGUAAUGUUCAUGCUUAUGAACGUUCGAAACGUGUGUAUAAUGGAAGAUUGGAUCGUUGUGGUGCUGUUCAUAUAACUAUUGGUGAUGGGGGAAACAGAGAAGGCUUAGCUCAUAGGUAAGUUAUAUCUGCUAGUCGCAUAAUAUAAAAAUCUGUUUC